AGAUUUUCUAAUUGCAUUAUUUACUUUUCACGAAGCCCUAGACUGUCUACAUCACUUUAUUCUUUCUCAAAAAUUAUCACCGUCGACUCCAGCUCCGGCCUCAAUCUCCAUUGUUCUCGGCGACACAGCGGCGGUAUCACUCUCCAACAUCUACUGAGUAAACAUGUCAUCUCGGCCGGAAUUCCAAGCGCCUCCGGAGAUAUUCUAUAAUGAUAAAGAAGCUAGGAAGUAUACCUCCUCUUCUCGAAUCAUCAAAAUCCAAGCAGAGCUCACCGAGAGGGCUCUCGAGCUUCUCGCCUUGCCCAAAGAUGGACUUCCCAGGUUGCUUCUCGAUAUUGGUUGCGGGUCAGGACUUAGUGGAGAAACAGUAACAGAGAAUGGGCAUGAGUGGAUCGGUUUAGAUAUCUCUAACUCAAUGCUUAAUGUUGCGUUGGAGAGGGAGGUUGAAGGUGAUUUAUUACUUGCUGACAUGGGUCAGGGAUUGGGGUUUCGGUCUGGUCUUAUUGAUGGGGCCAUAAGUAUCUCUGCUAUUCAGUGGUUGUGCAAUGCUGACAAAUCCUCACACAACCCAAAACUAAGAUUAGAUGCAUUCUUUAAAUCUCUAUACAGAUGUUUCGCAAGGGGAGCAAGAGCAGUCUUUCAAGUGUAUUUUGAAAGUGUAGAGCAGCGAGUGUUAAUAUUUAAGUCUGCGCUUGAAGCUGGAUUCAUUGGUAGCUUGGUUAUUGAUUUUCCCCACAGUUCCAAGAAAAAGAAAGAAUACCUUGUUCUGACUUGUAGCCCAACAGUUCCAAAGCGUAAAGGCGACAAUAGUAGUGGAGAUGAAGAAGAUCAAACGGUAUGUGUUUCUGACACGAACAGGCCGAGAAAAAAGCAAAGAAUAAUGGAAAAAGAGAAGGGCAGGGAAUGGAUACUGAAGAAGAAGGAACAGAUGAGAAGAAGAGGGAAUGUUGUACCUGCUGACACAAAAUACACUGCUAGGAAAAGAAAGCCUCGAUUUUGAAAGCGCCAUAGGCUUUCUUUACACAAAACAUAGUUACAAUAGAUAUGCAUAAACGUAUUUAAUAGUUUUUUCAAUCUACACGUUGAAAGACACCAACACUAGGAUAUUCAAAUCAACAUAGUAUCUAUAUUUUACAUUAACAAUUUUUGUUUUGAAAAUUUGGGGCAGUUUGAAAUUAACUUAUUAAAUAACCUAUGGAGAAACUAUGAAAUUAACUUAUUGAUCUUGAUCGUGAGCCAUUUGAAAUU